UGUUCAGUGCCUGUCUUGUCCGGCAGACGCUCCUCGCGCCACGGACGUGGCUUGAAUGCGGUCCGUCAGUGAACGUUUCCAUUCACACCUUGGGCUGUGACUAGGAAUGAUGGAACGCACAUCCUAUGUUUUCAGGGACACAACGUCCUUGCAUUUUCCUUCUGCAUCUUUCGAAGCUGUGCGCGCGUAUGCGCGUGCUGCAGUACUGCUAGAGAGCCUCGUUCUCGUGGCAUAGCCUCAGUGGCGAUGACGGGUAGGCAACCUCAUGGCUGCACUCGUGGUGUCUGCGCCCAGUGCGGCGAUGUGAUGAAGGCGCGGCCUCCCGAAGUUUCUCCAGCCAUUCCCUUUGCCCUCGCUCCGUUACGUGGCAGUGCUCAUGGCUGUGAUGCUCCUCGAGGCGCAGCGUGUCUAAGAUGCUGUGCAAAACAGCGGUCAUUCGGUUCCCGGAGUCAUUGCAAAAUCCGAAGUGGUGCAGCAAUAUGCUUAAAGCCUUCUUGUCAGGCGCUAUAUAAGGGAGAUUUAAUGAACUUCAUGGACGUGUAUUCAUCCAGCAAGGUGCGUCCUGAGUCUAUGUGCUUUAAGGACGCACUGAAAGAUGCACAUACGGACUUGGAGGAAACGAGACAAUUGCGCUAUGCAUGUAGUGCCUCGUCUUUUACCCGUGUCUGCAGCUGCUCAGAUACACAUGGUUCUGUUUCUUCGGCCGUUAAUUAUACCGCUUUGCUGUGCAUGCGUUAUCGAUGAAUGGACGGCUUGGCUACAGCACCUGCAGAUACUGUAGCACCCCGAUUGAAUGAUUGUUGUCUGUGUGAUCCGAACGUGGCUGUGCAGCACGGUCAUGUGGGCGGUGUCUGUAUUCCUGGAAGAUAUGGUAUAUAUAGCCACGUUGC